AUGAGACGUGCGGUAUCAAAAAUACUACCCACCCCUAAAUUAUUCAACGAAUCAUACUCCAACUUCAAGAUCGACUACCAUUCUAUAGAUGACUUCUACAUCCAACUAGAUAACCCUCAUAAGGUUUGGUUACCAGGGGAAGAAGUAUCGGGGCAGAUUGUCCUUAUCUCCAAGAAAAACCUAGCAAACAUUGUCAUCACAUUGACAUUAUUGGGAUUUAUCAAGAUCAACGCAUCAAGCCAUCUGAAACUAAGGCCGUUGAAGCAUACCUUAUUUGAUCACACAAUCAAGAUCUAUGGAAGAGACGAAGAUGAAGAGUUGGAAGAUUCAAGUGAUGAACUCAAAAAUGGGCUUUUAAAAGGGGAGCAUGUGUUCCCGUUCAUUGUAAAAUUACCCAAUAAAAGAGUGUUUACAUCGAUAGAUUUUGGGAAAGGUUCGAUAAAUUAUACCUUGAAAGCUUCUAUUGGGAAUUCAUCAUCGUACACAACCCCAGCGACGCCACCUUUAAACGACAAUGCAAGUAAUGGAAGUUUCAGCAAAAAGAAAUUUUUGUCCAAUCCAUCCUAUAUUUCUGAAAAAGUUAUAAGUUUAGUAAAUCCAAUCGAUGUAUCACAACUAUCGAGACCAAAACCAAAGAGACUAAUAAUAAAAGAUCCAAGGUCUACAAAACUAUCACGAAUACAAACGUCAAGCUCCACAAUAAAUACAAUAUCGUCCAACGAACACGAUCAUUCAGUGGCUGAGAAUCACAGUAGUUUGGAAGAUUCUUCGGACCAUAAAUCUAUCAGAUCAACAGCAGUGCCAACAAUUAAAGUGAUAUUGGAAGUGCCACAACGAGGAUAUUUACGAGGAGAACUUAUACCACUUAAACUUUCAAUAAACCAUUUGAAGAAGAUCCAAGAUUUCAAUGGUAUCAUAAUCACUCUUGUGAGAGUGUGUCGUCUUGAUAAUGGACCGGACGGGGUGGUUGAAUCUUUUAGAAAAGAUUUGCAACAAUUAAUAUUGCCACUAUACGUGGAUCCAGUUACUUUUCAAUCUGAAAUUAAUUCCUCGGUCAGGGUUCCAGCAGAUGCAUUUCCUACAAUUGUUGGUUGUCCAUUGGUUUCUUUCCAGUAUUUUGUGGAAGUUUUAAUCAAUCUUUCUGGUAAAUCAGUGGCAUUAGAUUCCGACGUUGAAGCUCAUAGUCAUGCGAAUAACCCACCAAACAGCAAAAUGGACAGUUUUAAGUUCAACUACAAUUCAGCCCAGAAUGAGCGAUCCAGUUAUAUCAACACGGACAGAUUUAAAAGACUGAAGAAGUUUUUACAAUUAACUACAGAGAUUACCAUAGGAACACAUCGUCUGACCGCGGUCCAAGAGCAACAUCAAGAAGACGAAACCAUGUCAGCCAGAUCAUCGUCCAUGGCUUCAAAUACAAACUUAUCCCCUGCGGUAUUCACUUCUUCCUCACCAAGCUCUCCAGUCGAGCAUCAACAACAAGCACCAGUUAUUAAUCCAAUACCUGAAGCCGCAGCUGUUAACACGUUUACUCCACCAUAUGAAAACGUUGUGCCGCAGUAUGACUUUGUGGCUAAUAUUCAAAACCAAUCGGAGUUAUCGGAGAAGGAACGAAUGAGACAGCUUGAAACUAGUUUACUACCUUCUGCGCCACCAGAUGAAGAGGAUCUAGAAGAUGGAGAUCAUAAUCAUCAGAACAAUCUGGCACCACCACCACCACCUGUACCAUCGACUAAUAAUACGGUCAGUCCAGUUCAAGUACCAAGUGCUAAUCAGUUUACAUUUUUCACAUAUCAAAAUGCGAACUCAUCACCUUCUCAAGUACAAUUAGAAGAUGAUUUGUAUCAAGAGCCAAUGGAUACAGCUCCAAAUUACAUGACAGUCAAUAAUGAUCGCUUAGUCGUGCCACAUGAUAACAAUUCCAAUACGGACGUAUAA